UGACAUGGCGGAGUAAUCAGCUGUUAAUUGCAAUGCCAACGAAUUAUUGUACAUUGUUUCGAUUAACGUCAUUAGUUCAAUGAUUUCCUCAUGUUUUCUUUAAUUACACAUCAAUUGGUUUGUUCAUUCAUUAGAUAGUUGCCGAUAAUAAGUUUAAAAUUUUAUGAGAAGAGGAAUGGCGCGAUGUUCUUGUCAUCUGUCAGCUUCAUUCAUCCAUUGUGCAGAAAAAAUGUGACUUGUGCGCUUUGUAAUGCUGUUUUUAUGUAAUAAUUAUUAUACGGACGUUUAAUGUAACUCUUAUAUUAUUUCUGAAUUAUUUACUGAGUAGUCUAUUACAGUAUCGCAUAUUAAUAACUUUCGUACUUACUUUUUGAUCAUUGUUUAUCGGUACCUAAAAAUCUACAAAGAAUCUGUGCGGCGUCGGUAAGCAACCUUGGUUAUUUACUGUGCAGUGUUUGUCGAAUGUGAGUGUUGGUGGUGCAUCGGCGCUUUGUUACAUCUUGGUGAUCCGGAGAAUUGAAAAUGUCGGGUCGCGUCCGUAAACAGUCGGACUGUCCCGUGGGGAAACAAGGGCCGAUGAGGGCCACCUUACCGGUUUCGUCGGUGAUGAAACAGAGCGGUGGUCUGAAGAAGAACGCCGGCAACAGUCCGACGCUGUCCCCUACGAACGUGUGGCGGCGGAUAUCUCCGGAUCACGCCCUCUCGGGCCAAAGGAGCCCCGGCGCCGUCAAUUACAAAGGAAAAGGCAGAUUUGGUGCCAGUGUGAUCAGACGCACAGCCUCCCUGGACACCUUGUACCACAAAGGACAAUGGUCUAGGGAUUACUACUUGCAUGCUGGCCAUCUACAAGUUGACAAAUCUACUCAGACUGACGAAGGCGGUGGAGCUUCAGGUCGAUCUUCUAGAGGCUCUGAAGAUGACAAACUAGACCGCUUCUUACGGAGUCGUCUGCAGAGGCCACACAAACCUACUGCUUCCGGAGAUUACUCUUCACAUGCUAUGAGCCCCGGUUUCUGGUCCCGCUUUGGCAGCGGGAGCGUGCCGUUACGGGCGGCGCGGUCAUCGGUCGAGGGCCUCAACCAAGAGAUCGAGAAACUUGUGCUCUACCCUGCGAGUGGCACUCAAACACCACACCUUGACCGGUUGAGAGACAAGGUGACUCCUGAAGGCCACCGCGCUCCCCUGGCCGAACUAUUCCGGCGCUCCGUCAACACACAAACACCACACGAUCUCUGUCAUACGGCACAUUCAUCAGGCGGUAGUGUCUGCUCAUCACCAGAUCUGGACGGAUCUAAACUCGGAACAUCGCCCCAAAUAAAUCGCUUCCUUGCUCGAGAACCACCUGAUGGUUGUGAAAAGGUAAACCUAAAAGCAGGCGACGGCGCGUACGCAGAACCGGUGUCCGUGCUAAAACCGGCGGUGGCCGCUUUCACGCUGCGGCCGUCGCUCGGCUCCGCCUUCCAGCCGCUGCAGCCGUCGCCGUCGUCCCCGCCCGCGCCCCGCGCCCCUCACUGACCGGCCCAGUAAGCUAGACCAGUUCAAUGACAUGACAUGCCACUUCUCUUUUGACUUUUCAGUAUUCACGAUCUGCCUGUGUUGUUCAACGGAUAAUGUUGCGAUUGCUUUCGAUUUUUUUAAAUUUUAUUCCUAAUCUGGCCAGAGACAAUAGAAGAUAAAGAAGAGUAUUUCUUUUAUACGAUCAGUAAUAAUUUUAUUGUAAUGAAAUGCGAAAUUUUAAUGUCUUAAAUCGUUAACUGAGCCGAAUUUGAUCAACUAACAAUUUUACACAGAAACUUCACAAUAAGUUGUUCUCUUAAAUCUUUAAUUAUUACCAUAUCUAGCUUUGAUUUAAGAUUUCGCUCAAGUUUUAAACCAGAAUUUGUUCCAAGACACAAGUUAACCAUCAAAACA